UUCGGCGCCGGGGGGAUGCUGCUGAGCGGCAACGAGAAGAUCACCAUGCAGAACCUCAACGACCGCCUGGCCUCCUACCUGGACAAGGUGCGAAGGCUGGAGGAGGACAACGCCCAGCUCGAGCUCCACAUCCGCGAGUGGUACAGGAAACAAGCUCCCAGCGCCUCAAAGGACUACAGCUCCUACUACCAGACCAUCGAGCAGCUCCAAAACCAGAUCAUUUCUGCCACUGUGGACAACAACAGGAUGCUUCUGGACAUCGAUAACAGCAAGAUGACGGCUGAUGACUUCCGAAUGAAGUAUGAGAAUGAACUGGUCAUCCGUCAGACCGUGGAGUCUGAUGUGAAUGGUCUGAGAAAUCUCCUGGACGAGCUGACCUACACACGUUCCUCACUGGAAUCUGAGCUGGAGUCCCUGAAGGAGGAGCUGAUUGCCCUCAAGAGAAACCAUGAGGAGGAAUUACGACAGCUGCAGUCUCAGACUGGAGGCGAUGUGAGCGUGGAGGUCAAUGCUGCUCCUGGAGAAGACUUGACCAAGAUUCUCAAUGACCUGAGAAAUGAGUAUGAGCAGAUCAUUGAGAAGAACCGCAGGGAGGUUGAGCAGUGGUAUGAAGUCAAGAUCGAAGAAGUCAACCGACAGGUCACCUCCAGCAGCCAGGACAUCCAGACCAGCAGCCACCAGCUCACCGAGCUGAAGCGCGAGAUGCAGAACCUGGAGAUCGAGCUGCAGGCGCAGCUCAGCACGAAAGGCUCGCUGGAAAACUCCUUGGCCGAGACGGAAUCUCGCUACGGCAGCCUGCUGCAACAAAUCCAGGGCCAGAUUAACGCUGUAGAGGAGGAGCUGGCCAACAUCCGCUGCGAGAUGGAGGGCCAGAACCAGGAGUACAAGAUGCUGCUGGGCAUCAAGACCCGCCUGGAGCAGGAGAUCGCUCAGUACCGGGCUCUGCUCAAUGAGGGACAGCAAGACCUUGUGAUGCCCCAAGGAGGAGGACGGACCUCCCACUCCUACUCUUCCACUUCCUACUCUCACGGACAAUCUGGUGGAGACAAGUCAGGGCAGACAAGAGUGUGCUGAGAUACCACUGAUGCUCUGCUCUGAUCUGCCUACUGCCACCCGCACAGCCCCAGAUGCAGGGAUAACAAACAGCUCAGGCUGUGUGCCUGCGUGGUGCACAGCUCCGUCUGCACACAUCGUCAUGCAGUGACGAUGAAUCCCUGCCAGGACUCCCAAAGUUUUCUGCUUCUUCCUUUCUGUUGUUCUUCACAAUCACUGCAAUCCCCUUACAGUCCUGCAGUGCCAUCGCUGCUCUGCUUUCUGCUGACCAUAGUGCCUCUAAUAAAACUUCACUUUUCUGCAGUGCAAAAAGAACCUGUGUCCAGUAGAUGAUUUAGUGUAUUGAUAUUGUACAAAUAUUCAAAGUUAUG